AUGUCCGCCAACGCGUCGGCAGCGCCCUCGAGGCAAACAACAAUGAUGAGCAAUGCCAGCGAUGACACGGCCAUUCCCGAGUUCGAUCCCAACAGCACCGCCGGUAUUCUUGUCCAGCGUCUCCGGGCAUGGAAGCACGCCGUCGCCUACCUGGAAGACUAUGUCGAGGCCGUUGAAAAGAUUCACCAUUCUCAAGCAAAGGAAUACGAGAAGGUCUUGAAGGCCAUUUCCCACCCCCUGAGGGAAGGGGAUCACUUCUCCCAGCAUGCCACCAAUGUCACCGGUGUUGCGGCCAUGUUCGAGGUCCUGCGCGCCAAUACCCAGGGCAUGAUCAACAGCAACCUCGAGACACAGAAGAAACUCAAGGAGACUGUCCUCCACGACCUGAAGGGCUUGCACCACGAAAUCAAGGACUAUUCAAAGAGGCUCUCUCACAGCCUGAAUAAGGGAGCUAAGGCGGUCGAGAAGUCCCGCAACACGACUCAAAAGCAUAUCGAGCUGCUUUCCCAGCACGUUGCCUCUUUUCCGACGAGCGGCGCCGACCUCAAUCCAGCCGAUGAUCCGUAUGUUCUUCGCCAAGGCGUCAUCUACCGCCUCCAUAACCAAAUCCAGGAUGAAAACAAUCAUCGCACCGAACUCAUCACCGCCCAGGCCCAGUUCAUGGAAUUCGAGGUCAAGGUUGUUAAGAGCAUCCAAAAGGCCAUGGAGGACUUGAACACGCUCGCCGGUGGCCAUGCCGAGCAUGUUCGUGGUCUCUACGCCCAAGUGCUCCAGACCUCCCAGAACAUCCCGCCCGACUUUGAGUGGCAGGAAUUCCGGGCUCGCAGUGCCGACGUUCUCGUCAACGAGAACGAACCGCCUCGUGAACUCGGCCACCUGCUUCCCCUGGUUCCCAACGCUGAUAACCCCUCUACCAAGGCGCUCAUCGAGGGCUCUCUUGACCGCAAGUCUCGCAACAAGCUCUCGUGGGGCUACAGUACCGGCUACUACGUCGUCACCCCUGCCAGGUACCUCCACGAGUUCAAGGACAACGACCCCAAGCGCAAGGACCCCCAGCCCGAACUCAGCAUCUACCUGCCCGAUGCCAUUAUCGGCGCUCCCAAGGACGACAGGUUCAAUGUCAAGGGCAAGGACAAGUCUAAGGGCAUCGGCAGCAAGUUGGCGGGCACCUCGGAGUUGCAGUUCAAGGCCCACAGCGCCGCAGAAGCCCAAAAGUGGUUCGAUGUUAUUAGCAAUGUUGCCGGCGCUCUUGGUCCUGGCGUAGCCACCCCGGUCACUACUCCCACUCCGGACACCGAGGACAAGAAGCUCGAGGCUGCGACUAACAACCUGACAUUGAACGAGGCCCAGACCCUGCCGCCGUCUCCCCAUGAGACUGGUGUCGUUGCCAGUCCCAUCAACAUUUCGCCUGUUGACACCAAGGCUGCCGGUGCCGCCGCUCCUCCUGCUGCACCCCCUACGGCCGCGGUUCCUGAAAAGGGUGCUUUACCUAAGUAG